AUGAGCGACUCGGAUAUUUGGUCAGCUGUUAAAGAGGGAGACGUUACUAAGCUGCACAAACUACUGGACAAUGGGAAGCCGAGUGCCGACAUUGGGCAGCAAAUUGACUGUAAUCGAUGGACCAUAUUACACCAUGCGGUUAACAGUCAAAACCUGGACGUGGUAAAACUGAUCACCGAACGUUUUAAUCCGGACGUGGCCGCACAAAAUUUCGACGGUUUAACACCGUUGACGCUUGCUUGCGAACAAUCGGCUGCCGUUGAGAUCAUCAUCUAUCUUUUGCAGUUAGAAAAGGAAACGAAUGCGACCGUGGAUGCAAACGAAUCGAUUGCACCGCUGCAUUUUGCUGUGCUUCAAAAUCGUAUCGAUCUCGCCAGGGAGCUGAUUGCGCACGGGGUGAAAGUCAACGAUGUGCUGCUGAGGGACUCUUCAUCUCCGUUGUACAUAGUUGCCAUCGUGACGGGCAAUGGGGAAAUGUUGCAAUGCUUGCUAGAUGCUGCCAAUGUGGAAGUGCCCUUUGUCGCGGACGAGGAAGAUGGGUUCACGCUGUUGGAUGUAUUCGCCGUACGGGCCGCAUAUGCUACGGAGCAGAAAAUUGCUUGUUUCGAAAUUCUCUACAAUCUUGGGCAACCGAACCCAAACGCCGGUGACGGUGGUGUGCGGUAUAAUGUGGAUGACAUACUGAAACCGGCCGUGCUGAGUUAUUCCUCCACGUCGUUGAUUGAAUACUUCAUCGAAACCGAACGCAAGUGGGAAACGCGUGAGGAGAUCCUUUCCUUGUACGACAGGCUGACAAAGUGCUUCAAAUUUCUACCACUGUUCGUGCUGUGCGAAUGUGGACCGGUAUCCAAGGAGAGGAAGGAACUGGAUGCCAUUCUGCGUGAACCAUUUCUGAAAGAGAUAGUUUCCGAGGUGGGCGGUGAGAUGGAAGAAUUGUUUAGAAGCGUCAUUCAAGUGGAGGAUGAAAAGGUCGCCACAAAUGCGAAGCAACUGUUGCAGGAUUUCGCAACAUUCGCACAGUCAAUACAGCUGGAAUGCAUUCGCAGUGCCAUACAGUCGAGCGUACAGGUUGCCUUCCUGACCAAACAUCUAAUGAUCGACAAACCGUUGAUGAGCAGUAGACAGCAGCUCGUGGCAUACCAGCCAAUCAUCGACUGUAUGAUGAGCAUGUACGGCAACAAUGGGGCGGAUGGCAUCGUCGAGAUUUUACUUAAUGAUGAAGAGCAGCUAAUGCGGCCGGAUCUAGUAUUCCCCCUACUGAAGUACUGCACCACACUGUUCAUGUGUCCCGAAACCAUGCCGGGCGGGCCGAAGGGAAACCGGUUGUUUCAGUGGUUUAUGCAUCUGUUUGGCACGUGGAAAAGGAUCAAGUGCUUCAGUGUGCCACAGAUGCAUGUGUUCACACUGAAGCGCUUGGCACGCGACGUUGUGCGCGAAACCGUGUGGAACGGGAUGGAUGUAGCGCUAAGGGCACGAAAAAGUGCCACAUUCCUCGACCGGCUACAAUCGAUUAAUGUUCCGAACGAACUAAAGGACUACCUUAGAUACAGUGACUAUACUUCCUUGCAGUACUUCCUUUACCACAUGCAUGACGCUAUAGAUUAUUUGACCGAAUCCAGAAACCUAGGAGGAGGAGACUGA